UGGGCUCCGCAACCAAUGGUUGAGGGUUGCAGUCUGCAAAAUACUACGAUUGUUCUCAGGGAGGGUAUCAUAUACAGUUAACAGUGUAACCUUUUAUAUGACUAAGCGGGGAGCCUAAAAAUGUCGUCUAGUGGCACCAUAAGUAACUAUUAUGUCGAUUCUCUCAUAGGCCAUGAAAGCGAAGAAGUUUACGGGAGUAGAUUCGUCCAGGCAGGUCACAGUGCGCCCUCCAGGCCAUCAGGUGUUGCCGAGAGUUCAGAUUUUUCUUCCUGUAGCUUUGCACCCAAAUCCACCGUGUUCUCCACUUCGUGGUCCACGGUCCAUCCUCAGCCGCCAGCGGCAAUGACAGGGCUCUACCAUCCCUACAUGCACCAGCCCCCCUUAGGGGCAGGCGAGACGGGCCGCUACGUGCGCUCGCAGCAGCAGCAGCUCUCCAACGGGCGCCACUACGGGAUAAAGCCUGAAACGGGAGCAGCAGCUGCCUCGUCUUCCUCCUCCUCCUCUUCCUCCUCCUCCUCCACCUCCAAAAGGGCCGAGUGCUCCUCGUCCCGGGGGUCUCAGGGGAUCAGCGCGCCCGAGUACACGUGCAAUUCCUUCCUGCAGGAGACCCGGGAGAAGACGGCUCCUUGCAGCGCCAAGGAGCCUCCCGCCUGCAGCCACCAGCCCAGCCCGAGCAGCGAUCUGAAGGAAGAGAAGCAGCAGCAACUUGACCCAAAUAAUCCUGCGGCAAACUGGAUCCACGCUCGUUCAACGAGGAAAAAGCGUUGUCCCUAUACAAAGUACCAAACGCUGGAACUGGAAAAGGAAUUCCUCUUUAACAUGUAUCUGACUCGGGACCGCCGUUACGAAGUAGCUAGGAUUUUAAACCUCACAGAGAGACAGGUCAAAAUCUGGUUUCAGAACAGAAGAAUGAAAAUGAAAAAGAUGAACAAGGAGAAAGGAAAUAAAGGAGACUAAGUCCAUGGUGUAGACACGCAUUCUUCUUCCACUUCUUCUGCCCCUCCUCUCCCAGCUCCAGAGGCGUUUUUGCAGAACUUUAAAUCAGGCUGGUCUUUUAGGUAGAAGUGCAAAUAUGGUCUUUGUCAGGGUUGUUUUUUUGGGGAGGGGGAUCUGUCUUGCUCGCCAAUGUGUUUAUAAAAGUUGCUUCAUUUCUUCUUUCCUUUUCCGAAACUGGUUUAUGAUAUUGUGAGUGCACGUUCGCUUUGGCAACUUCAAUGUUAAAUGUCUGACCUGUUUCUUAAAGGGUGAUGUAGUGUAGAUAGUCGCUUUGCCAAAAUAAAGGCAAAGGACGUAAUUAUAAUUAUGAUAAUAAAUAUAUAUAUUGAAGUACACUUGUUUAAAUCAAUAGUAGUAUUGUGUUGUCCAUGACUUAUUAAAAGAAACCAUUAUCAAACCCUCUGCUUUUUUAGUCCUGAAUUUUUUCCUUGGCAAAAGGUGCCGACGCGAGGCAGUAAAAGCAUUUCAUUUUUUUCUUCCUCUUCUUCUUUAGUGCACUAUUAGGAGACUGUGUCAAACUUGAAGCCGUUUUCAAUAGGCCUAACAUUGACUGAUGCCUUGGAUUGUUGGAAGGAAUAUUGGUAAAUGUUGUAUCCGCCGCCACAUGCUUCUAACUAAAGACCUGUUGUA